AUGGGUAAAGGAAGCCAUAAUCCAUCUAUUCUAUCGUCUUCGAAUGAUGGGGUUGUUGUUAAGAGCACUGAGUUCAUUAACGAUAAUUUAGCUGAUAUACCUCAUCGUUUACCAACAUUAUCUGAAAUAAAAUUAAAAGUUCCGUCACAUUGUUUUCGCCCAACAGUCAUACGUUCAAUGUUCUAUGUAUUUAUGGAUACUGUUUAUGUUCUAUUAACUUAUUUAACAAUGUUUUAUAUUCAAAAAUAUUUUACAUACGGUUAUUUAUUAUUUCCUCUUUACUGGUAUGUACAAGGAACAUUAUAUACGUCUGUAUUUGUUUUGGGUCACGAUUGUGGACACGGAUCGUUUAGCGCAUAUCCAUGGUUCAACAAUAUUAUAGGUAAGUAA